GUUUGUGCUGCGGCUCUGCCCAGACACACUGUGAACCAUGGGGGUGCUGAAGAUCCUGAGGAGCUCCUGGCUCCUGACACGGUCUCAGGCCGUCAUGCUGGAGAGACGCUCCAUCUACAGCAAGCCCCCCAGAAACAAGAUUGGAGCCGGGCAAAGCUUCCUCAUCAUGUCAGUGUUUGCUGUGGCCCUGUUGGCCCCGGCUGGCUGGAUCCUGCACCAUUUACCAGAGUACCGUCAGCGGCCACGCCCUACGCCCAAGGCCUGAGGGGCUUUCAUCUGCCCUCUACCACGCUGUUACAUAUGGAGGACUUCAGUUCGUCAGUAAAUAACCUCAAUUUCAUUCAAGCAAUAGAGAAGAAAUAAAGAAUGACCA